AUGAAGAGGGCCGCUUAUGCAUACACUUCUCGUGCCUAUAACAAUGAAUGCAACGAGCUAAGGAACAAAUCAGAGAUCGCCUAUUACGAAAUGUUGAGGAUGAGUCCAGAAAAUUGGGCUAAUUGUUAUUUUCCUGGGAAGAGAUAUGGAUGGUUGACAUCAAACGUGGCGGAGUCAUUCAAUUCUUGGAUCAAAGAAGCUCGUUAUUUGCCAAUUACCCAAACAAUUGAUAAUAUCCGCAAGAAAAUGAUCCACAAGUGGACCACAUCAUUUGUUCCUACUGUGGAAGAACACCUUAUUCAUAUCAAUGAGCAAUCACGUUGUCUUUCUGCAAUUCCUUCUACUACAGGAAGGUACGAGGUGUAUGAUUUCCCCACCGUUGAAGUAAACUUGAAUGAACGCACAUGCGCUUGUCGUGAAUGGCAAGUUGUCGGGCUACCUUACAAACAUGCUGCGACGGUUAUUCGACAGAAUAUGGACACCCUUUACUCCUAUAUUUCCCACUACUUUAGUGUGGAGACAUACCGCAAAUGCUACUCCUUUCCGAUAUACCCAAUUCCUGACGAUGACAAGCCAUGUAUAGAUGAUGAAAAUAUGGUGAUUCGGCCACCAACAACAUCAAUUCUUCGUGGAAGACCAAGGACAAAGCGCAUUCCUUCGGGAUUGAAUCCGGCCAAAGAGUUAAAAUGUAGUAGAUGUCAACAGUAUGGUCACAACCGUAGAACAUGUAGACAGCCUAUUGCAGACUAG